AUGACUGAUGUCUGUGCAGAUGCAGAUAAGUUCUUUGAUUUUGGGGAUGAUGAUAAUGAUGAUGACAUUGUCAUUGAUGAAAGCGAACACAUCCACCCCAUGGACAUUUACAUGUCAGUUUUUCACUGUUCUGAUGAUUUAGCUCGACAGUGCAUUUUUACCAAACUCUCCACAUGCCAGUUCGCUGUUCCUCUACUUGUGCCAGAUCCAUGUACAGGGGAGAUAGAAAUUCCUGUGUGGCCACUUCAGCAGAUCAAAAAGACACUGAAAUUGAAGCGGGAGUCUGAUACAGGAAGCAGUGAGACACAUAUGAAUAGUUUCAUAGGCAGUGUACAAGUACCAACUGUGUCCUUCAUAAGACUAGGAACGUACUCAAAUUCAAAGUCUCAAAUCAUGAAUAACAUCAUCAGUCGGAAGAGGCAUCCAACAUUUUUCAGCCGACACUGUAGUGGCAGUACAAGUAACAGACUUCUGCUGGAGGGGGUGGCAGAGAUUUCCUGGUACUGUCCAGGUGGGAGAGAGGAUGAUAUUUUAGAAGACUGUAUUGCGUUCAUCAACCUACAUGGAGAUGGAAACAAAUACGCCAGGCAUCUAAAGUUCAUUCAAGACAUCAGCUCUGUCAUUGUUCUUCUACUCCCAGAAAACCUAGAUCCUGAGACAAAAAAGACAGCAGAGAGUUUACUGAAGUCUUCUGUUCCUGUGAUUCCAUUGCUCUCUGGAGUGGAGAAAAAGUCUGUCAAGAAAGGGGAUUCAAGAAUUGCUGCAAAGAACAGAAAUGAGGCUGAACUCUCAGAGGAAAUUAUCAACAGAGUGAAACAGUGUCUCUCAGAACAGACGAAAAACUUGAGUUUGGAUGAUCUUAUAUGCAGAGCUACAGAUCAUGGGUUCAUUGCAAGCAGAAACAGCAGUAGUAACAUGGGGAGAGCCAAUGCUGAGAAGCUUAUGGACAUAGUAAUGGGCAAAAAUCAUCAAAACAAUGAAGAGAUAUUGAUACUGAAAGGAAAGUUUUUGCCUUUGCAAGGUGAACAGUGGAGAAACUGGUGCACAAAAGAUAAACAGUUCUACCGCCUUGAGAGCAAAGCACAAAUGAGUAUUGAGCAACAAAGGACUAAAAUAUCAGAGGAGAAACAGUGUUUUCGAAAGGAACAACAGAAAACAGCAUCUUCUCCAAAUCCUUUCAUGGAGCAUUUGCUGAAAUGUAUGGUUGAGGGAGAGGACAGUGAAAAGCUUAUAUCUGAAAAAAUAGAAUGUGCCACAUUUGGGUUCCAACAUAUAAUUCGUGAAAUUGGUCAGUUAUAUGAGAGUUUCCAUACUAGUGAUAAAGCUGAGUUCAUCCAUGGCAUCAAUACUGAUCGCCUUCCUGAAAUAGGGGCUCAGUUGAUGUUGUCUGGAUUUCCCUUUGAGGUAAUGGAUGGAGAUGUCAGCCAUGUUCCUUUAGAGUGGGUCACAGCUGUGCUCAACAAACUGACUGAAGAACUGGGAGACAAAAGAGUAUUAGUGCUCUCUGUACUUGGACUCCAAAGUUCAGGGAAGUCCACAUUACUGAACACCAUGUUUGGUCUUCAGUUUGCUGUCAGUUCAGGGAGAUGUACAAGAGGUGUAUUUAUGCAGUUAAUCCCAGUUGAAGAACAUCUGAGGUGUCAGUUGUCAUUUGAUUUCAUCCUGGUGAUGGACACAGAGGGACUACGAUCAAUUGAAGCCGCAUCUGACCUUGUGUUUAAUCGUGAUAAUGAAUUAGCCACCUUCAUUGUUGGGAUCAGUGACAUAACACUCAUCAACAUCAUGGGAGAAAACCUGUAUGAAAUUCAGAACAUUCUCCAGAUUUGUUUCCAGGCCUUUUUGCGCAUGAAAUCUGUAAAUAUUAAGCCAAGUUGCAUUUUUGUGCACCAAAAUGUUUCAGAAACAACUGCAAAGCACAACAACCAGGAAGGGAGGAGACAAUUUAUUGAAAAACUUGAUGAGAUUUCCAAAUUGGCGGCAGAGGAGGAGAAUCAGGAAGUUGAUGGCUUCAAUGACAUCAUACAGUUUGAUCCAGACAGUCAGAUGUUUUACUUUAAGAAUCUGUUUGAGGGAGAUCCUCCAAUGGCUCCGCCCAACCCCUCCGACAGUCAGAAUGUUCAGGAACUGAAGACCAAGUUGCUGAGUGUAGCAAAAUGGCAGACCAGCUGCAAGCUGCUCACACUAUCUGAAUUUACACAAAGAUUUACUGAUUUAUGGACAGCACUACUCCACGAGAAUUUUAUUUUCAAUUUCCGCAAUUCAUUGGAUGUAAGCAUUUACAACAGACUAGAGCAUCACUUUGGGCAGUGGUCAUGGACACCGAGAAAGUAUGCACUAGAAACACAGAACAACUUGUGCUACAGAAUCAACAAUAAGGAUAUAAAAAGUGUAGAUACUACAGUGAUUGAUGGGAGCUUUGGGACUGUCUUUCAACAGGUCAAACAUGAUGUGGAGAAGUACUUCAAGGAGCAGAAACAUUCUGACAUUCUGAGUCAGUGGAGAGGAAGCACUGACCAAAGACUGGAGAAUCUGAAGAGAGAGCUCAUUGAGGAAACACGUUCGAAAGGAAGGGCAGUACUGAGUAAUAUCAAUUUUAAACAGGAGCUGGAGAGAAAGAAGACUCAAUAUGAGGCAGAUCUGUCUCAAAGAAGUGAGGCUUUAGCUUUCAAACUGAAGGACAGGAAAAUUAGCGAUGAACUGCAAAGGGAUGAGUUCAACAACCUGUGGAAUGAAUGGAAAAAUGAAGUGUCCAAAGAAAAACCCAAAGAGGAAGAUGUUAACAUUCAGGCAAUGAUCGACAACACCCUUCUGGCUCACUUCCAAAAAUACAGAGAGACUGUGAUCACACAUAGACAGAUUAUCAAAUUUGAUGUCGCCAAAUAUGUUAAAGCAUCAUCUUGGAGAAAAAUUCUCAAACAAGCUGUUGGCAAGGAUGUUAAACAGGCUGUGGAGUCAGAAAGAAGUGCAAUCAUAUCCAACGUUGGCGGAUUUUUUACUAACACUUUCAAGGGAAUUCUUCCCAAGAACAAGGAAGAUGUAUUAGAGGCAGAAGGGAAUGAAAUCAUCAGGAAGACAGAGGAGGACAUCCACGAAUUCAUUAAUGUGAAAAACAUAAAUAAGUUUGGGGUCACACAAAAUAUCAUUUAUGAGCUCCUGCAUGAAAUCCAAAGAAUCCUCAAGGCAUGUGAAAAGACAUCUACAUUUGAGUUUACGGAAAUUUGCAAAGUUGAAAUUUCUGUCCAUGUUUGUAAUGGGAUGGUUCACAGAUUAACAAAACUGAAUAAAGAGUUCCAGACAGUCAGUGACCCCCUUACAUACUUUGACAGUCAAAAAGAAGAUUACUUCCAAAUAUUCAAACACUAUUGUGAAGGAGCAACGACACUUACACUUUUUGUCUCCUUCCUUACUACUCGUCUUAAAUCUUCUAUACGAGAGGCUGUUUUUGACAAACUCAGCAUUCACAUAGUGGAAGAUAUGAAAUCUAACCAUCCAGCAUUUGUGGGAACCAGGUCCAACUUGGAGAAACACAUCUUAACAUUCCUAGCUGAGAAGGAGGACUUUGACAUGUACAUGGAGUAUAUUCAUACACCAAAACAGUUUUUUGCAAAGUUCAUCAGUGACUGUGUUCAGAAUUACUUCAGCGAUGAAGGGGAGAUUUUGAAAAUAUUCAUUUCAAACUGGUCAGAAGUGACAGAUAAACUUUUGAAGUGUUUUGCUUCUGUAGAAAGGACACAUAGUGAAGCAUCUGUGUGGCUGGAUGAAAUCUGUUCAGAACUUAACAGUCUCAUUCCUAUAUCAAGAGAGGAUUUUAGGAACAUUGAAAAGAAAGACAUUGAAGAUUGGGAUGUUUUUCAUGACCUGCUGGCCCAGUCACUUAAGGAAAUGUUGGAAGAAGGAAAGAAGGACAUUAAAAAACUUUGUGGUUCUGGGCCUUUACUAUUCAAGUUCAAAGACAGGCCAGAUGACAUUUUGAUCAAACAGAUGAGUGGAUGCUGGGAGCAGUGUCCAUUCUGCAAGGCUGUUUGCACCAACACCAUCCCCAACCAUGACUCUGAUCACAGCACAGAGUGGCAUCGGUGUCAGGCUGUGGUUGGUGUGUGUUAUAGAAGUGAAGACAAUCAGGACCAAUUUUGUACUGACUUCUGUACAAGCUCUGUCAACAGUGACAAAACAUUCCAGGCUCCAAGAUCCGGUAAAUGGAUCCCGUUUACAAAGUACAGAGAGGCAGGCAUUCCAUACAGUAAAUGGGAAAUCAAACAUGAGUUCUACCAGAGAAUAUACUGGAGAUGGUUCAUCUGCACUUUUAAAUCUAAUCUUGAAGAAAAGUAUCAGGCCAAAUUUGAUGGCAUUCGAAGAAUUCCACAAUAUUGGGAGAUCUUCACAAAGAGAGAUGUGCUCAGGGAGACAUGUGGACUGAGGUGUAUUCACCACUGUGAUACUCAUAAACAGGACUGA